UGCAAGAGGAAUAGCUUCUCCUGCUUGCAUCUGCGCUUGAAGCUUCCUGGAAAACACCUCCCAAGUUCGAUUUGAGUCCCAAUUGUACCUUGGAACAGCUUUACAUCAUGGCGCAAUCACUAAGGGCCAGCACUCGCCUGGUCGCUCGGUUGAGCUUGAGAACGAUGCCAGUCUCUCGCCGGAGCUUCACAAUUUCAUCGGCUGCGAGAAUGCCCGAUCUGAUCCAGGACAUGUAUCUCAAAGAGCUAAAAGCAUACAAGCCACUACCACAGAAAGCCUCCGACGCCGAGGGCCACGUCCAGAAAUUUACACCUCCAAAAACCCCAAAGUCUCCGGAAGAGACGAACCUUGCAAGCGAGAUGCAAGAUUAUGAGACCCAAGCAGUCGAAAUCGAAGGUCAAGCUCCAGCUGGUGAGGCGGAAGAGGGAGGUGAGGAGGAUUUCUUCGAGGAUAUUGAAAAGAUCGACGAGGAAGAUGCUGCCCAUCAUUGAUCACAGGCAAACACCUGAUAAAUAAAUCGCGUGUACAAUCAAUUAUGGUAUGAAUCAAAAAAGAUCUUGAUUACGCAUCAAUUGAGAUGGCCGUGAGCAUUCCGGCCCAAGAAGAUUCCUUAUUCCCGCGGGAUGUUCCUCUGUUGUCCUUCCCAUCAAUAAAUCCGAUGCCGGUCUCAUCAGAUGCGGAUGAGGCGCAAUGUUCUGAUGCAGUCUACGAUCAAAUGCAAUUCAGAGGCCAUGUCGACAUUACAGAAGCCACCGCAUGAACAAUACUGAGGCCAGAAAUAUCAGGCGAAUAGUUUUACUUGAUUUCAGACUAGAGUUUUGAUGGACAUCAGUUCAGAAGACUCGUCCAUGUCGGCUGUCUGUACCCCGGAAUGUCUCGAACGCCUUCUCCAGAUAUUUACAACUAGACUCGACAUUUCUUCCGGGUGCCUCGCCUACGAAUGCCCUGUCUGGGACUUUAUGCUUUUGUAGCGAAUACUGCGGAGAUUUGACUCUUGAUAGCACGCGUAGCCAUAAGUUCUGCCCUCUGGAAUUUUUAGUCUUGGGUGUUUAUUCUAUGGUGUCUUGGUAGUCGAUGGGCCUCGUACUCGCACAAGGGCUGAGAACACCAGUUCUCGUAAUACGGAGCACAACGAAUACUCCAUAUUACGAGCACAGGGAUUCCGGGCUAAUGCAGAUUACUGACUGACAUGUGGGCUUUGUGUUGUCA